AUGGAUCUGGAGCUGAACGGAAGGUCCGCCAUCGUUACCGGCGGCAGCCGUGGCAUCGGCAAGACAGUGGCCAGGGUGCUGGCCGGCGACGGAUGCAACGUGGUCAUCACCGGUCGGUAUGCUGACACGCUGUCCACCUCGGCGGAAGAAAUCGCCACCGCAACCGGCGGUCGGGUAACGCCCAUCGUGGCGGACAUGACCAGUACCGAACAGGUCAACGCCAUGGUUGCCACCGCCGCCGACGCCCUCGGCGGGCGCGUCGAUAUUCUGGUGAACAACGCCGCUGCACCCGGAGGUCUGGCUCGCGGAUCGCUGGCCGAAAUCCGCGACGAAGAUGUAAUGCUGGACCUGGACACCAAGGUAAUGGGUUACCUGCGCUGCGCCCGGGCGGUCGCUCCCUACAUGGAACAACAGGGAUGGGGCCGUAUCGUGAACAUUGGCGGUCUGUCCGCCCGCCAGGCGGCCGGCAAUCUGAGUGCGGGCGUGCGCAACUCCGGCUUGUCCAACCUGACCAAAUUCCUUGCCGAAGAGCUUGGCGAACACGGUGUCUGCGUCAACCUGGUUCAUCCGGGCACCACGCGCACCGAACGGAGCGGGCCGAUGUAUGCGGAGCAGGCAGCCCAGCAGGGCACAUCGGUGGACGAAGUAGAGCGACGGGUGGCAUCGCGCAAUUCCACUCGCCGCAUAGUAGAUGCUGAAGAACUGGCCUGGGUGGUGGCAUUCCUGGCUUCCCCGCGCAGCAUCGCCAUCAGCGGUGAAACCAUCGCGGCCGGCGGCGGCGCGGGCAUCAACGUCUAUCACUGA